AUGGAGGAGAUGCUGCAGCUACUGGAUGUUACCUGGAGGAAAACAAGAGAAGAGAAAUCUGGCUUUUCCCCUCCUAUUGUCCUCCAGUCUUCUGCUUCAUUCCAGCGCUCCAAUAGUCAUGACAAAGUAAGGAGAAUAGUUGCAGAGGAGGGUCGUACAGCAAGAAAUCUGAUAGCUUGGAGUGUUCCGCUAGAAAGCAAAGAUGAUGAUGUUUACUGUGUAUUUUUAAUCAUGAAAGAGGAGAGGGGGCUUCUUAACCUGAGGAUCAAGGUGGUGUCUGUGAACAUCAAGAGAUUAUUAUAUGUUCAGUUUUACACUGACAUGCGUUUUUGUCAGAUUCUCAGAAACACUGCAGUAGACUGUAAAAUAACUUCAUCUACAACUGGAGAUAAACACUUUGAUAAAAGUCCCACAAAAACAAGACACCCUCGGAAAAUUGAUCUUAGAGCUCGAUAUUGGGCAUUUCUUUUUGACAAUCUUCGCCGGGCAGUAGAUGAAAUCUAUGUAACCUGUGAAUCAGAUCAGAGUGUGGUAGAAUGUAAGGAAGAGGAGCCUAUCAUGAUGGUUCAGACUAGGUCAACGUCUUCUAUAGUAUACUUUGAUAAUAUGCACUUCUCCUUAGAAACAGUUAUCAUAAUUGAAAUUAAAUAA